AGGAUUGGACCCCAGAACGCAACUGCCGUGAGACAAGAUCAAGAAGAUGCUGCUACAGGUGGGACUGGGUGGACAGCGCUCUGCCCUGGGGCUGUUAGCCAUCAGGAGGGUGUGGAUUAUGACCCGCUCCGCCCAUACUGCACCCCGGACACUGGAGUACAAACCCAUCAAAAAGGUCAUGGUGGCCAACAGAGGAGAGAUUGCCAUCCGGGUGUUUCGGGCAUGCACAGAGCUGGGGAUCCGUACAGUGGCCGUCUACUCUGAGCAGGACACAGGUCAGAUGCACAGACAAAAGGCAGAUGAAGCUUACCUCAUCGGCAAGGGGCUGCCACCUGUAGCGGCCUACCUGCAUAUACCAGACAUCAUCAAAGUGGCCAAGGAGAAUGGCGUAGAUGCUAUCCACCCAGGCUAUGGCUUCCUCUCAGAACGAGCAGAUUUUGCCCAGGCUUGUAUGGAUGCUGGGGUACGUUUUAUCGGCCCCACCCCAGACGUGGUGCGAAAGAUGGGGGACAAAGUUGAGGCUCGUACCAUUGCCAUCGGUGCAGGUGUGCCGGUGGUACCUGGAACAGACGGUCCCAUCUCAUCUUUGCAGGAAGCUCAAGAGUUCUCCAACAGCUACGGCUUCCCGAUUAUCUUCAAGGCUGCGUAUGGGGGUGGAGGCCGUGGAAUGCGGGUGGUCAAAGAGUAUGAGGAACUAGAGGAGAACUAUCAGCGAGCGUACUCUGAGGCCCUGACCGCCUUUGGCAAUGGAGCUCUGUUUGUGGAGAAGUUCAUUGAGAAACCCAGACACAUCGAGGUGCAGAUCCUUGGCGAUAAAUACGGCAAUGUCAUUCACCUGUACGAGAGGGACUGCUCCAUCCAGAGGAGACACCAAAAGGUGGUGGAGAUCGCACCCGCCUCACAGCUGGACCAACACCUCAGAGACAGACUGACUGCUGACUCCGUGAACCUCGCUCGACAGGUCGGUUAUGAGAACGCAGGCACAGUGGAGUUCCUGGUGGAUAAACAUGGUAAACAUUACUUCAUCGAGGUCAACUCCCGUCUGCAGGUGGAGCACACAGUUACUGAGGAGAUCACAGAUGUGGAUCUGGUACACGCUCAGUUGAGAGUGUGUGAAGGUCGCAGUCUGCACGAGCUGGGUCUGAAACAGGAUAAGAUACGGAUCAAUGGCUAUGCCAUCCAGUGCCGUGUGACCACAGAGGACCCAGCACGUGGCUUCCAGCCUGACACGGGAAGACUGGAGGUCUUUCGCAGUGGAGAGGGCAUGGGUAUCAGGCUGGACAGCGCGUCUGCCUUCCAGGGUGCUAUCAUUUCCCCUCAUUACGAUUCACUCCUGGUGAAAGUCAUUGCCAGUGGAAAGGAUCUGCCUGCGGCCUCUGCCAAAAUGAGCCGAGCAUUAGCGGAGUUUCGCGUCCGUGGGGUCAAGGUAAGGCUUUUCUCAACAACAGUGCUUGCAUAAACGAUCUGGGGCAGCACGACUGCGGUCAG